UGCCCCAUCAUUGUGUCAGUGGGAGGAAUAGUGCCCCAUCAUUGGUGUCAUUGGAGGAGGAACAGUGCCCCAUCAUUGGUGUCAGUUGGAGGAACAGUGCCCCAUCAUUGGUGUCAGUGGGAGGAACAGUGCCCCAUCAUUGGUAUCAGUGGGAGGAAUAGUGCCCCAUCAUUGGUGUCUGUUGGAGGAACAGUGCCCCAUCAUUGGUGUCAGUUGGAGGAACAGUGCCCCAUCAUUGGUGUCAGUUGGAGGAAUAGUGCCCCAUCAUUGGUGUCAGUUGGAGGAACAGUGCCCCAUCAUUGGUGUCUGUUGGAGGAACAG